AAUGGUGCCACUUCCUGGCAAAUAUCCCAAUAUAGCACUACCUCAGUUUAUAGUCAGAUCAUAUUGAGAAGGCGACCUUCAUACUUUGCCUGGAUUAAAAACUAAAUUAAAUCACUUUCUAAAACAAAAAAAUACAUACACGUGAGAUUCUUCUGAAAGUGGGAGUACUUUGCUAACUCCAUCUUUUGCUCAACAAAUGGACUUUUCUAGUCAGUGCCUGGAGUAUAACUUGUGGAGUGUUGUAAAGUGUUCAUUGAAAAUGCAAAUUAUUUUGAGCAAAGGAAGGCAGUCCGUUAGCAGAAGACUGUAUGCCCAAAUGAUCUAGCUUCAUGCUGGUAGUUCAGGGGCACAUAUAACUUGCUUAAGAGUUACUGUCUGACAAAUUACAGGGCCUAGUCAAGGCACUGGAACUCUUCAGUAUAUUAAAACAUUCUGCCUUCUCUAACAAUAACCAGCAUCAGGUGCUUUAGCUGCAAGAAGCAAGGCCUGGGCAGCUGUGUGAUUCUCCAUGUAUAAAAAAAAAGGCAAAUCUGAUUAUAAGAAAAAAAAAUCAAAUAAUGCCUCUGAAAUAACAAACCCAGUAGCUCUUUGUUGUUUAAUAUUUGCAAUUGUCUUCUGUUUUUCCUAUGAUCCUGAAUUUGGUCUGCAUUGAUUUCUUAUUUAAUGUCUGAUUUGCAGUUGUUUCUAGGCUGUAUUUUCAGGAAGACUAUUGUUGUCAUGUAAUUGCAAGAUAUAGAACUACUAAACUGCUUUUGUUUUGAUACAAUAUGCAAUGCAGCACUUUCCACAAAUCAGUAAAUUAUUCUGUCAAUCUUUGUUCAGGCAUUUGGGGUGGUAUCAAAUCAAACAAGAUUCUGGCCUAGUGAGACAAUGGAUUCUUCCCUCAAAUAAUCAUAGAAUCAUAGAAUCAGAUGGGUUGCAAAGGACCUUUGAGAUUGUCAAGUCUAACCCUUGAUCCACUACCACCACAGUUACUAGACCAUGGCACCAAGUGCCACAUCCAAUCUCUUCUUAAAUACCUCCAGGGACAGAGAAUCCACCAUCUCUCUGGGCAGCCCAUUCCAAUGCCUGAUUACCCUCUCUGUAAAGAAUUUCUUCCUAACAUCCAACCUAAACCUUCCCUGGCAGAGCUUGAGACCAUGCCCUCUUGUCUUACUGAUAGCUGCCUGGGAAAAGAGACCAACCCCCACCUGGCUACAACCUCCUCUCAGGUAGUUGUAGAGAGUGAUGAGGUCUCCCCUGAGCCUCCUCUUCUCCAGGCUAAUGUCAUCCUGACUCAGAUGAAAAGGCUCUAGAUUGCUGAUUAUAAGACAAAAAUAUCAGGAUUUAAUUUUUAGAGCUGUUUUAGCAGCAUUUGGUAUUUCACUCUGUCCUUUGUCAUAUAUGUAAUGAUAGCCGUGCAAUACUUUCAGAAUAUUUGUUGGGUUUUGUGGUUUUUUUUCCCUACUGGCACAUUCAGGUUCAGAAAGUUACUAUAGCAUCCUCAUUCAGGUGGAAGGGUGUCCACAAAGCCACAUCAAAAUGAGAACUUGUGUUGUUUCCUCCAUACCAGAGCCUGCCUUCCCUCAUUUCAUCUGAGAUGCUUCUCUUGUUCUUCACCACGACCAGCAGGUGUUGUCUCAUCCCAGACGGUAGGAUAGCAGGCCCAGUGAAAGAAAAUGAAUUUAGUUUCCAAAUAGAGCAUAAACCUUACCCAUGCAUCCAGACCUACUGUAUAUUCAGGAUGAUUUGGAUUUAUUGGACCUUUAAUUUCAUUUUCUUACUUGCUUCUGUUUACAGUGAAUGUGUGAUUCAGAUCUAUGAAAAUACAUACUUCCAAGGAGGAGACCUCACUACGUUUUUUACACCGAGUGCCAAUUACUGCCAAGUAGUGUGUACUUACCAUCCUACCUGUCUGUUCUUCACCUAUUUGCCAGCAACAUGGACUAAAGAUCCCGCAAAAAGGUUUUCCUGCUAUUUAAAAGACAGUGAUACAGAAAUGCUGCCGAAAGUGGAUAUGGAAGGAGCUAUCUCUGGACAUUCCUUAAAACAGUGUAACAUCCAAAUUACUGCUUGCAGCCCAGAUGUCCAUGUAGGACUGGAUAUGGAAGGGAAUAUUUAUGAUAUUGCUACGGCUGACAGCUAUCAAGAGUGUCAAAAAAGAUGUACCAAUGACAAGCAUUGCCAUUUUUUUACAUAUGCCUCUGAAACAUUUCACGAUGCAAAGUUUUGUAAAAAAUGCUUCUUGAAACAUACCAGUGUAGGAACUCCAACCAACAUAAAGGUGCUUGAUGAGGUUGUGUCUGGAUUCUCUUUAAAGCCAUGCCAGCUUUCUGAAUUAGAUUGUCAGAUGGACAUUUUUGAUGAUCAAGAGUUUUCAGGAACUAAUAUUACAAGUUUUUUCACUCCUGAUUUUUCUGUCUGCCAAACUAUUUGCACGUAUUUUCCAAAGUGCUUGUUCUUUACAUUCUUUACCAGGAAAUGGGAAAUAGAAUCCCAAAGAAAUCUUUGCCUUCUGAAGACAUCAACAAGUGGGAUACCAGAGGCACUUAUAUCACGAGAAAAUGCUGUAUCAGGCUUUGGUCUCCUAAACUGCAGAAGAUCUUUUCCUGCCUGCAAUUCUCGCACUUACACGCAUAUGGAUUUUUUGGGAGAUGAACUUAAUGUCACUUAUACUAAAGGACACAGAGCCUGUCAGCAGGUUUGCACAGACGUGAUCCGCUGCCAAUUUUUUACGUACUUCCCCCUCCAAGAUUCAUGCAAUGAGGAAAGAAAGUGUGAGUGUCACCUAAGAAUGUCCUCAAAUGGAUCUCCAGUGAAAAUAGUGCAUGGGCCAGGAAGAAUCUCUGGAUACUCACUAAGAUUAUGUAAAAAAAAAGCCAGUACUGUGUGUAUGCAGCAUUCUGCAAGAAAUAUUAGGAUCGUUGGAGGGACAGACUCUUCCCCUGGGGAAUGGCCAUGGCAGGUCAGCUUGCAUGUGAAGUUGUCUCGUCAGAGACAUCUCUGCGGGGGCUCUAUCAUCAGCAACCGGUGGAUUCUCACAGCUGCUCACUGUGUCACAAGUCUUGCGAAUCCCAACAUUUGGCGUGUUUAUGCUGGUAUUUUAAAACAAUCGGAAAUAAAUGAGGAUACACCUUUCUUCAAAGUGGAAGAGAUUAUUGUUCACCCUCAGUAUAAAUAUGCACAGACUGGAUAUGACAUUGCCUUAAUGAAACUUGCUAAGCCUAUGAAUUUUACUGAUCUUCAACUACCUAUUUGCCUGCCAUCAAAAGAAGACACUAACAUAUUUUAUACUGACUGUUGGGUAAUUGGAUGGGGUUACAGAAAAGAAAAAGGUCGAGUACAAGAUAUUCUCCAGAAGGCUCCCAUUCCCCUCAUGUCAACAGAGGAAUGCCAGGCAAGGUACCGGAAGCGCAGAAUAGGUGACAAAGUCAUCUGUGCUGGCUACGAUGAAGGUGGAAGGGAUGCUUGUAAGGGAGAUUCGGGAGGGCCGCUGGCAUGCAGGCAUGAGGAGGUGUGGUAUCUGGUGGGCAUCACCAGCUGGGGCGAAGGAUGUGCUCGCCCCAGGCAGCCAGGAGUCUACACCAAAGUUGCUGAGUAUUCAGACUGGAUUCUAGAAAAAACUACAUAGCAUGAGCAUUACUGACUCACUCCUAGUGAUGUUGUGGUAUAACAACCCUAAGAGCAACGUGAUGAAGCAUAUUAGUGUUUUUUAAAUGGUAUUUCUCGUUAGCCUGGAGUGUAAAAGUCUUGAUUUAAAAAGCAGAAAAGCACCAAUGAAUGAAUUUUCCUAUUACUAAAUAAUAAACAGUAAUAAAAAUAAACUCUGUGGUCACUUAUUUGGCAGAAAAAAAAUAUGGCUGAACCAAGGAUUUCUUCUGUCCUUACUAGCUUAAAAGAGGAGUGGAUGAGUUUGUAGGACAUAUAUGGACCUGGGAGCUGGGAACUACUAACUUAAGAGGUUUGGACAUAGCAGUGGAGACUUCCCUCUCUUGUCUGAAUGUGGCUAAAAUGGGCAAACCACGUACAAACUUACUAAGGGGCUGAGGGAAGGGAAUAUGAGACAGAGAGAUACCUAUACAUUUACGUAAGCCUUGUUUCCUUAGGGAAUUACCCAAAAAAGUAGCAGUACUAACCAAGAAAAAAAAUCCAGAGGUCUUGGCAAGCUCUUCAGUAGUGGUUUUGUAAGUAUGGUAAUAGUACUGUGUGUGAGUCAGCACAGUCGGGCAGAAGGAACAACCACAGAUCCAUGGCUGAAACGCAGAGAGUAAACUUAUUCCCAUUUCCACGCUAACCAGAGGAUCCCCAAAGCAGAACCUGGGCAGACGUACCCAGGUGGCCGCAGAUGUCAUUCAAGCUGAUUCAUGCUAAAAGAUCCAUCCUGCUGUUCCCAGUGGUCUACCAAGAGUUCCUACACGAGUGGUUUGCCAUCGCGCUGUGAUCUUUGCUGUACUUCAAUCUGCUCUGGACCAAGGCAAGGAACUCAAGCACGUUCCUCGGGGUCCCUCCAAGUCUACCAAACACCUCUGUUAUCUAUACACAGAUGUUCUCAAGGCCCUCAGAAGGCAAACAAGAGUAGGCAUAAUAUAUGUUUUUCUACAUUACUACUUUCCAGAAUUUUUACAUUCCUAGCUAAAAGGUCACUUGUGUAUAUUUACAAUCCUCCUUAACAGUCUUCUUCUUUUAACCCAUUCCUCUCAAUACUCUGUCUUUCACUUACAUUAUUCUAGUUUCUGUGGAAAGUUUUGUGAUUAGAAUGAUAAUGUGGGUCUCCUUCUUUUGAGGCAGAAUAUCCAGAAAAUCAGUAAAAGAAUCCCUCUACUUUAGAGACAUCAUUAGCACAAUAUAUUUUUAUUUUCCAAAUCCCUAGCUCUCCUUGAUUAAAGAAACAACUUCAUAAUUUUCUCAUAUCUCCUUUCCAUUCCUUUUAUCAUUUCUUGCUACUCCAUGUCAGGUAGCUCAUGUUUCAUGGCUAAAAUAAACACUAGUGUGAGAGACAGCAGUCAAAUCUAUUACUUUCUCAUAGUAGGAGGCAGCAUUUCACACUGCAUCAGAAAGGGGAGCAGAGAACAUAGCAUUGUAUUUGCAAAACUUUAUGAGCUUGUUUCCUAAUCAUCGGCAUUACCUUAAUUGCUGAAAAUAUGUUCCAGACACCACACUGAGAGGUAAACAGCAGGAGUGUCUUUGCAAGUAAAUGAGGUAAUGAAAAUUAGAAAUUAAACAUAAUACUUAUGGGGAAAACAGUUAAGCUGCUGAAAAUUAUUUUUU